AUGGUGUUAACUAGAGAACAACCGCACUUCUUUGGUGCAGGUCCAGCUCAGCUACCCACUGUAGUGUUACAGCAAGCGGCAGCAGACUUAAUUGACUAUCAGGGGUUAGGUUUGGGUAUAGGAGAGAUUUCUCACCGUUCCAAGGAAGCUGGGAAAGUGAUUGAUGACUGUAAGAAGCACGUCAAAGAAUUACUAGGAGUCCCAGAGACCUUUGAAGUGUUUUUUAUGCAGGGAGGUGGUACCACAGGUUUUUCUUCUAUUGCGUCGAAUUUGACAGCGGCAAAGGUUGGCAGAGACCAGAAACCGGGUACAGCUGCUUAUCUGGUGACCGGUGCAUGGUCUGAGAAGGCAGUUCAAGAGGCAGAACGGUUGGGUAUUUCUACAGAGGUGAUUUUCAAUACGAAGAAGGCGUCAGGUGAUUUUGUCAGUAUCCCAGCUACUUCAGAAUGGGUUGACAAGGUGACGGCGGAUAAGCACUCUUAUGUUUACCUAUGUGAGAAUGAGACUGUCCACGGUGUGGAAUGGCCAGAAGUUCCUCUUGAAUUGGCUGCUAAAGGUGUUCCAGUGGUUGCUGAUCUUUCUUCAAACAUUUUCUCCCGUGAGAUUGACGUUAACCGGUACGACUUGAUCAUGGCCGGCGCCCAAAAGAACAUUGGUUUGGCCGGUUUGACGAUAUAUAUUAUCCGUAAGACAUUGCUGGAGGACAUUAGCAAGGUUCCAGAGUCGCAGCUCCGUGAUAUGGGCGUGCCUAUUGCCCCAAUUGCUUCUCACUACCCUACUGUUGUGAAGAACAAUUCUGCAUACAACACCAUUCCAAUCUUUACGUUGCAUAUAAUUGACCUAGUUUUGCAACACUUGCUCAAACGUGGUGGUCUGCAGAGCCAGCAGAGUGUUAACGAAGAAAAGGCUAAGAUGCUUUAUGAAGCAUUGGACCAACACUCAGAUUUUUACAACUUGCCGGUUGACAAAAAGGUCAGAUCGAAAAUGAAUGUAAUUUUCACUUUGAAGAAGGAUGGUUUGAAUGAUAAGUUUGUCGAAGAAGCUGCGAAAUUGCGUUUGACAGGUUUGAAGGGACACAGAAGCGUUGGAGGAUUCAGAGCUUCCUUGUAUAAUGCAGUGGACAUUUCUAGUGUGCGUUUACUGGCGGACUUUGUCGUUAGGUUUGCUCAAGAAAAUGCACAAUAA